CAGUCAUUUUAACUGAAGCUCCUCUCUUUUCUCACACAAAAUUCAUAUACAUUUAUUUCCUUCUUUUGGUAGCUACUUUUGUUAGUGUUUCCUUUUUCUUCUUCAAGGGGUGUUAAUAAAAAAGAAGCUGCAAAACGAAAAGCUAUAUUUUCCAUAGAUUUAGGGUGCAAGAGGUAUGUGGGUCUCCAUAGAUCAGGGUUUUUUCUCACACGGUGUGUCAGGAAUCACACUGCUUUGGAGCUCAUAUAUGCAUGGAUUAAGUGGUGGAAAUACUAGGGAAUGCAUUGAAGAAAAGGAAUAUGUUGAUUAAAAUGCAAAUUUACAGGAUUGCAAACUGAAGGGGUCAUCCAACAAAAAUGAAUAUGGAGAAUGAGAACAUAGAACCAGUGACUGAUUUAGAACUUGCACUGGGGUAUUCCAGUUGCAGCAUUCAGAGAAGAUUAAGCAAUGAUCUCGGUGCAGGUGCAAAUGCAGCUUCAAGGAUUGACAUGACAUUUGUGACCACCGACCCCCUGUCAGAAUUAGUUUGGUCUCCACACAGUGGUCCCAGUCUCAAAUGUACUGACUGCAGCUUUUCUGAUAAGAAACAAUCCCUUGUUUGGGGUGCAGGACCGAGCGAUGUGAUUCUUUCACCACAACAAAUUAAUACAUCUGCAAGGUCAAGUGAUGACAAGCCUAUAGAUGAAGAAAAUCUCAAUACAUCCAUAUCCACGUCUCAUGAUAUGAAUACUAGAGUUGCCCAUAUAGAUAAUUCAGACAAAUCUGCUAGGGAUAAUGAUGGCAUUAGGUUGUGUCAUGAACAGCAGACAGACAAUGAUAAUUCUUUACAAGGAACUGCUGGCUUUCUGGAGGAGAUAAGCACAAAGGGAGGAGAACCUCAGCAAAAUCUUAUCAAAAAGAAUGAUCUAGUAGAUUCUAAAGGAGCAUAUGUCUGUUGUCCAAACAAUAGCCAAGUGGCUGAAAUAGCUGAGGCAAUGGCAAACAAUUUUCCCAGUUCACUAGAUGAAAGAAAACCUGAUAUGGCACGAAUUGAAUCUUCAUUCAACUUUCCUGAAGCCAGAGAUGUUGGCAGUGGGACUCAGUUGUCAAGAAUGGAGAUGGUCUUGGCAUCUGAAGUUCAUACUUAUAACAAAUGCAAAGCACGUGCACCUCCAGAGAAACAUUUGACAUCCCCUGGUAGAAAACAAGAGAAAUCAGUUUCUUUAAUGGAAAAAAAAGGAAAAAGUAAGAUGAAGGGGGGCAUUUAUUCUAGUCUUUGGCCUUUGGAAAAACUUGAGGCAACUGCUGAAAAUGAUUUGCAGACUCUGAUAGGUGAUAGUGUAUGUGUUGCAACAAGUAAAAUUUCAGGUUCAGAAUCGGCUUCUGAAUUUGAAAAGAACUUUCAGCACCAUAAGGAGAUACCUCCAAAGAAGAUGUCGACUGAUAAACACUCUCCAACCAACAGCAGAAUCCUUAGAUUUAGUAGAAAAGGAAAGGAAAAAGCUUUAUCUGAUGGAGAUGUUAGGGGAAUGAUGUCAAAAGAGGAGGAUGUCAGCCAUGAGAGUGUUGAAAGUUGUAAUAGCACUGGAUUAUUCUCUACAGGCAAAAAACGAUGGGGCUUCGAGCAGGAGUUGAUUGUGGGGAGCAAAAGAGUGAAAAAGCAACUUGAUGAAAGUCCUUGUUCCUCAUCAUUUGUAAAGCAAGAUAGCUCCUUCAUGAACUGGAUAUCAAACAUGAUGAAAGGAUUUUUAAAAUCAAAAGACGAGACACCACAUUUGGCACUUACUGUUGCAAAUCCUAAACAGUCACAUGAGGGUCCUGAUAAGAAUCUUGAUGCAAACAAUAAGAACCAAGAUCCUGGGUGCAGAAACAUUGGGUUUCAAUCUAUUUUCCAGUCAAUAUAUUCUCCAAAGAGUAAGGUCCUAGGAGCAACAACACAAAAUGAAAAUUAUCAAACAGGACUUGAGCCAACUAACAAGAUUUGUGACAUUGAUGCUACUCCAAUUGCCUGUCACACAGAAAAUUUUAACUCCCGCAAAGUGUUUCUGCUAUCAAAUGAAAGGUUCAAAGAACCAAUUUCUGGUGGCAGAGCAGGUCAAUCAACCCAGCCAAAGAUUUCAUCCAUGAAUUUAUCUCCCUGUAAGAGAAGUAGUGAGGCCAAUUCUGCAGACAAUGAGAAUUCAUUCAACUUGGCAGUAGGAAUUGAGAAAGAUAGAGCAAGCUCCAGUUCUUCUUUGGGUAAAUGUAAGGCGAUCAACCGUGAGAACAUUGAUUCUGACCCACCAUCUGAAAGGAAGACAGUUCAUAGCAUUGGUUGCAAAAGCAACCUUCUAGGGAGCUUGUGGAUAACUCGGUUUACUCCCAAGUCUUCUAGCUCCUUGUUAAACCAGGAUGCUGCUGGGGCUGCUGAGUGCUCAAGUGACUGCAUGAAGCUUAUACCUUGCUCCCAGAACAAUUUUAAUGCUUCUAGCAACCUCAAGAUUGUGGAGGCUAGGCAGAAAUGUGCUGAAGAGCCACUAACCAGUUCUGGUAAAGAAUUACCGAAUUGUGCUACUGACAUUGAGGCAUCCAUUGGUUUCAAAAAAAUUACAGUCCAAAAUGACCAGAAAUCCAAAUAUAAAGUGAGCACCAUUUUACCAUCCCCUAGAUUAAAAGAUUCAGAGGCAAUGGCUUCCCUUUUUGCUAGGAGAUUGGAUGCCCUCAAACACAUCAUGCCUUCUGGUGUCUCAGAUAGUACAGCUUCUUCGACCAUCACCUGUUUCUUUUGUGGAAGAAAAGGCCAUCAUUUGCAAUAUUGUCCAGAGAUAACAGAUAAUGAGAUUGAAGAUCUUCUAAGGAAUAUGAAGUCAUCUAGUAGAUUGGAAGAAUUACCUUGUGUGUGCAUUAGGUGCUUUGAACUUAAUCAUUGGGCUGUUGCAUGUCCUAAUACAUCCGCAAGAGGUCAAUAUCAAUCAGCACAUAGGGCUUCUUUGGCUAAUCUUUGUGAACUGCAUUGUUAUGCAAGAUUUGAAGAGUAUAAAAAACUUUUAGAUGACAAUGAAGAUGCUAUUGCUUCACCUACAAUUUGCAAUGGGGUUGAUACUGGAAAAGGCCCUGGUACUGAUUACGGGGUUACUGCAGACAAAGUGAGAGCAAACACCAAUGUGAAUAAGAAAUAUGUAGCUUCCAGUUCCAAGGAAAUUGAGAUGAAAGAAAACCAGAUCACACCUUGGGGUAAUUUCAUCAAUCAGCAGGUUUCAGAUAUGCCAAAGGCAAUCUUCAGUGCUGUUAGGAUGCUUCGUUUGUCACGGACAGAUAUCCUAAAAUUCAAUCUAAAGGACAAAUGGUUGUACAAUCAGAAGUUCUUCUCCAGUUUGUUUCUCAGUCUGGAUGAUGACAUCAGGAAAAUGGGAAGACCAUGGGGACACUAAAUUGCAUCAAUUUAAAGGCAUCUCCGUUCUUUCCUACACAUGUUUUGAGCCAUAAAAGCUUG